UUUGUUCCUCAUAAACAACAUCUUCGUAUGUUAUUCUAAUGUUAUCAGCAUUCUGAAAGGAAAAAAACAAAGAAAUUUUAUUUUUGGGGCUGCUUAAAUGCUGGCGUCUCAACUGUGUUAUUAUUUUUGUUGAGAUAAGGUUCCAAGUUCUGAGUUUUCGAUUCUUUAGGCUGAAUGAGCUUCCAUGGCUUUACUUGAUAUUGCCACUGCUCAACCUUCCUUGCAAAGUCCACUGGUUCCAGUGAGGGCUCAAACCCUUAUCCAUGCUCAAGUUUUAUCAAAUCCAUGGAAAUCCUGCCCAUUGCCUUCCAGGAUAAGUUUUCAUGUAGGGCACCUGGAAAACCACAGCGGGAAACUUCAGGUUAAAGCUGUUGCUACCCUUGAACCCAAGUGUUCAGUUCCAAAACAAGGUGAACAUAAUAAUAAGUCACAGCUUGGUGGUGAUUCAUGUCCUUCACCAACGCAGCCUGAAUCUUGGAAGACCGGAGACUCGGAUGAUGAGUUGGACGAGAGGGAAAAGUUAAGGCGGAUGAGGAUUUCUAAAGCAAAUAAAGGGAACACACCUUGGAACAAAGGCAGGAAGCACAGUGCAGAGACCCUUCAACGGAUAAGGGAGAGAACAAAGCUUGCAAUGCAGAAUCCUAAGGUCAAAAUGAAGUUGGUUAACCUAGGACAUGCUCAGAGCAAAGAGACGAGAGAAAAAAUUGGAGAGGGAGUGCGAAUGGGAUGGGAAAGGCGCCGCGAGAAGUUAAUGCUGCAGGAAACUUGCCACUUUGAGUGGAUGAACUUGAUUGCUGAAGCAUCUAGAAAAGGCUAUCUUGGUGAGGAAGAGCUACGGUGGGAUUCUUACAAGAUACUAGAUGAGCAGUUGACAAAGGAGUGGUUGGAAAGUGUCGAACAAAGGAAAUCGAUGCCUAGACCAAAAGGUAGCAAUAGAGCACCAAAAUCCCCUGAACAAAGAAAGAAAAUUGCUGAAGCCAUUGCUGCCAAAUGGGCUGAUCCUGAUUACCGCAAGAGAGUUUGCUCUGGCUUGGCAAAAUAUCAUGGCAUUCCGUCUGGGGCUGAAAGAAAACCAAAGAGGAAGCCAGCGGCUGGUACACAGUCCAAGCAGAGCCCUCCAAAGAGGAAAGCUAGUGAUACAAACUAUUCUUCUGGUAGUGAGACUAUAAGCCCAAUUGAGCGGUUAAGGAUACGAAGAAGAAAUAAACCACUUUAUAAGGAUCCUAUGGCAAGCUCCAAGCUCGAGAUGUUGAAGAACUUAAGAGCACAAAGAGCAGCAGAAGAAUUAAAGAAAACCGAAGCUGUUGAAAGAGCAAGGCUUUUGAUUGCUGAAGCUGAGAAGGCCGCGAAAGCCCUUGAGGUCGCUGCAAUGAAGAGCCAUGUUGCUCGAGCUUCCCUUAUUGAAACCAGAAAACUUAUAGCCGAAGCAAUUCAGUCAAUUGAAUCGAUAGAGAUCAGACACGUUUCAUCCGAUGAGAAUAGUGGAUACAUUUCUGUUGACUCGGCUGAACCGGUUAGCCAUGUCGAGAACAAAAUGCAAUCAGAAAGCAGUGGUUCGGACCAAGCUGAACAGAAAGAAGUAAAUGGGACAAAGCAUGAGGAGUACAAUUUCUCUAACUUUAUUUUCCCGAAGAUAGUGAAUGGUGACAACGCCAAAGAACUUACUUCUCCAUGCUCGAAUAAUCACAGUAUAUCAACUCUCAACUUUGAAAGUUCGAUAAACUCUGAUUCAUCUAAGCAAGUUGGCCAUUUGGAAACAAAUGGGAUGAUCCAACAUGAGAAGAACCCCAUGCUAAAUGGAACCGAAGUUGAGCUGAAGAAUAAUGAUGUGCCAUCUAAAGCAGUCGCUGUAACUAAGAAAUGGGUCCGUGGUAGGCUUGUGGAAGUCACUGAAGAAGCUUCAUAAGUAUCAUAAACUACACAACGGAUCUUCAUAUAGAGCUUCUUCAACGUACUUUGCUGUGGAGUUUGAUUCCUGUUAUCAGCUAUAUUUUAACAAUUGCAAUUUGCAAAAUCUCUGUUAAUGCAUCUUUUUCAGUACUUAAAUUAUUUAUUUGUUUUAGAUACUAAUUUUAGAUUAGCAAAACGGGUAUUGCCCUUCAAUCUCUAAGCUUGUUCUUCUUUGUUC